CUUCGCGGUUGGUUUCUCGUGUCCUUUGGAGGCCGUCCAGAACAUACAAAAGGAAAACAGCGUGGCGUUCAAGUUUGAUGUCGAUCAUCAUGCUCCAUCCAGUGUUUCAUGGUCUUCGGAAGUAACAGCCUCUCGUUCGCUAAUCUGGCACUUUCUAUCUAUUUUCUAUUCACUCGACUUGUUUCCUUCGUAUCAGAUUUCCUUUAAUUACUAAGAGUACUAAUCUACCCUACGUACUACCAUAAUGGACGGAUUGAAUGACUAUCGAACAACGAGAGUUGCCGAAGUGCUCUCCGAUUUCCGUACAUUACAAUACUACAUCGCAGCAGCACCCACAGAUCCCAGCAACAUGGAAGACUACUACACGGAAGGCUGGGCGGCUUUGCGCCAAUGCUCCCUUGACGGACAGCACAUUCUCAACUGCGCCGCCGACACCAGCGUUCCACAAGCAAGUGGCGGGACCCUUGAGCAGGAGAAGGCGGAGCUGAGGCAAUGCUUGCUUGACGCGUUCUCCAGAAGACACGAGUGCCAAAAGAUCUACCUACGACAAGCUGCUGCGCAGCGAUGGGUUACCAACAGGGAUGGCAUUCUGCAGGGCGCUCGACCGAACUCGAGAAACCAAUCGCAUCUGAGAGCGUGUGAUCAACAGCUUAGAGCUGUAAGUUCGGGAUAUAUCGAGAGUUCUGAAACUGGGCGGGCGGCUUGGACUAACACGAUGACCCUAGGAGCUCGCUACCGUGACCGACGAGGCGAUCUACAACGAACUGCAGGCAUCAGAUGCCGCAAUGGGCCGCUGGACGGCUGAGGACCCAAGUCAACGAGCUGUGCAGCGCUGGCUCCGCGCACGUCGACCGUGAAGGCUCUCCGUCAUGAUAUCCAUGAGACGAAGACUCACGAAGUUGAGAUGACUGGGCAUGUUCGAUGAUUCAAGACCAAAAAAAGUAAUGUUUCUUCUGACGGCAUCGGGGACGACGGAUCUUUGACAUAAACGGCGCAUGGAGGAUACCAUUCACGAAGCGGGCAUUUCGAUCAUGUUUCCCCUCUCCUUUCUUUCUCUUCUUUUUUCGGCGGAAUGCAUUAUCAC